AACCCUCCCGGCUCCCGCUCAGGGCUCAAGGCUCGUUGACAAAACUCCUCUGUCGCCCUCUCUCCUCCGUCCUCCGUUGCUCUUCCUUUCCCGGCGGCGCCGACUGGGGGAGCGGCGGCGCCAUUUGUCACGUCUUCGCCCAGCCCUUAGCCGGCGACGAGCGUCCUCCAGUAGAGCAUGAUCCUGCGGUGAGCGCAGAUAGCUCGUGCAAGCUGCUGGCUUGGGGGUUCUCUUGGUAAUCUGCUCCAGAGAAAUCCUGAGGCAAUAGAGUGAAAUGGAUGCGAGCCCGGAUGUUGCUGAUGCUAUUGGUGCAAAGAGCAUUGACAAUGGGGCGAUGGGGAAGUUGCCGCCUGGUGAUGUUAUAGAGGGGCAUGGAGAAGAACACGAUGUGCUGGCUGAUGGAGCUCAUUCGGGUGAGAGUGAGGUUAUCAACCCAUCUGAAGAGGUGGAAGGGGAAGCCACCUCACCAUCGCAGGACGUGAAGCCUCGUGUUCCUGCGGACAGUCAAAGCCAUUCGCCAAAGGUUGUUAGAUCUCAGCGACAGAGCCCUCGUGGCGGAGAUAAGAGUCAAGCUAGGAAAAGCUCUCCUAGUCCUUAUCCCAAGGCACCCAUCGCACGAGUUUCUGAUCCGGAUCUUGUUGAUAGCUCUUCAAGCAAUGGUGAUGCUAGUGUCAGUAAAAAAAAGGCUGAAAAGAGCAGUUUUCGCCCAGUUGCCAAGGAGAGCUCAUCACUUGAGGACUCUAAAGAGAAGAAGAAAACUCAGAAGCCAUCAAACCAACGUUCUGUUAAAAAGGAUAUUGAAGAAGAAUCAAAUGAAAGUAUAAAACCUCAAAGGGUUGGCAGCACUCCUUCUUAUGGCUUUAGUUUUAAGUGUGAUGAGAGAGCUGAAAAAAGAAGAGAGUUCUACUCGAAGCUUGAGGAGAAGAUUCAUGCACAGGAACUAGAGAAAAGCAACUUGCAGGCAAAAUCAAAGGAAGCUGAAGAAGCUGAACUCAAAAUGCUUAGAAAAAGUUUAAAUUUCAAGGCAGCACCCAUGCCUAGCUUUUACAAGGAACCACCUCCUCCCAAGGUUGAGUUAAAGAAGAUCCCUACAACAAGACCUAGAUCACCAAAGCUUGGGCGCUCCAAGAACACAACCUCCACAGGCACAGAAGGAAAGACAAAUCCUCCAGUCCGUUCAGCUCGUCUGAGUCUCGAUGAAAGGGCAUCCUUAAAUGGUGUCAAGCAAGCACCCACUGCAAAUGCAGUGAAGAAGCCCCAACGCAAAUCUUUCCCUAAAUUGCCAUCGGAGCAAACGGCUAAAGUUCAUGUCGCAGCACCUCUUUCAUCCGGAGAAGAGCUAGAAAACAAGUCAUCGACAGAUCUUGUUCGAGAGCCAAUCCGUGCUCAAGUUACUCCUGAUGAACCUGGACUCCCUGGCUAAAUGAAACCUAUCAAGUCCGACUCCAAUGAAAUGGGAGGGCUGUGCCCCAGCUUCCUUUAUCACAUUUUGCUAUUUCUGCAGUACACUGCUGGCUGGUAUUAUGUACUAAAAUUAGUCUCAUCCCCAGGAGUUUGUAGAAUGGCAAGUGACCCCCUGUAUUGUUUGUCUUAGUUUCCGUUCACAUACGAGGCAUUUGUAGUUGGCAAUAAUUUCAUAUGAUUGUCCUAUUUCCAGGGCUAGCUCUUGCUCCAAAA